AUGAUGUCUCGUGUCACGUCUAAGCGUCACGAUAGUGGAUUGUCAGAUUAUGGCAUGAAUCCUGUUACAGCUCAGUACAUUUUAUUCACAUCAUUACAAAAGCUUGAUCAAGCUAAACGUUCUCGUGGAGGAAUUAGACUUCGUCAUGGUCUUAUGAUUGCUGUUACUGCUCUGAAAGCCAAACAGCUACUAUGGGGACAGAGUCAACCUAUCCAUGAAAAUGAAUACACAUCAAAAGAUACAUUAGAAACCCGUCUACACACUGAAGAUUAUGGUUCGGUUCAUAUGGAAUGUGAUGUUUACGAUCAACCAAUUGUAAAUCAAGAGUUCAAUGACUUUUCGUAUCUCCAUGAUCCAAGUGGACCGUUUUUCCCCCCACCAGUUGAUGACAUGAUGGAAAUUGAUAAUACAGGCAUGAUCGAUUGUCCAUCUAAACGUUCACGUCUAGAAUAUGCAUUUCCAUCUACACCGGUACUACCAUCAUACAAUGAAUCUUAUCUCGUCAGUAUUAAAUGA